GUAAUUUUUGCAGUUUAAACAAGUAUUAAAUGUUUUUGAAUACAGCUUGGACCAGAUGGUGAAUCGCAGUUGCUUCCCACAAACAUAAUCAAAUCGCAGAAGACCCCGCCUAAAUUGUAUUGUAAGGCAAAGCAGGUGCUUGGCAAAAGCUUGGGCACUUUAUUGGCGGAGACCAAUAAAGGGAGAGCAAUUUUGGAUCAAGGAAAAAAACAGAUGUCUCUAAGCCAGGAUAUGAAGAACGAUCUUAUAAGCAUUAUCCUUGAGGAGACCUUCUCAACAGGGAUAACUAUCAAAUAUUCCGAUUUUAGUCUGUUGCUGGACGAAAUUUGCUGUCACUUACCUGGCGAAGAGAAAUGCAAGGACUAUUACUUCAUUUCCCGAGACGGUAAAAAAAAUCCAUCGGGCAAAUUGUAUUCUAAAUACAAAAAUCGAAGAUCAAGGAUCAAGCAAAAACUGACACAAAAUGAGUUGUUUGAAUAUGAUGAAGAUUUGGAAAACCAAACCCCCGAAGACUCAGAAUCUGAUCGUAUCGAACUUUCUCUGAAGCUUUCUCUUAAUAGAGAUGGUGACAACUGGGACUUAGUGUGCGAGAAAUGGAAAAAGACCUUCCAUCUUCGCCAACAAGAAGCCAAACAACUUGACAGCCAAGAGUUUUUCACAGUCUGGUCAAAAUUUGCCCACUCCCAGUCAUCCGACUUGAUUGAAAUUGAUUUUGAAAUCAUGUAUCCAGGGAGAAGUUCGUUUUUGUUUUCAAAAUGGGAGACUUUCAAAAAUAAAAUCUUCAAUUUCUAUGACUACAACAUUUCAAACGAAGCUUGUAAAGGGCUGCUUAAACAAACAAAAUUAUGCAAGAAAAUUGAUUCCCAGGAUUACUUAAUCAGCAUUCUUCUCUGCGCGGUUUUACCAUCGACUGCGCGCUUCAAGAACGAGACAGGAAAACUCAUGAAAAGAGCGACUAUUCUAGACUCUCAAGAGAGUUUCGUUUUAAGAUUGACAACCGUUAAUGACUACAUGGUCCAAAUAGAGCGCAUCAUCUGUAAAUAUUAUACAUCAGGAUUGACUCUACAGCCCUUUGUCAUUGUCGUGGGAGUAUCAGACGAUGACAUAGAAGAAUUCUUUUUAUAUUUUGAUAAGAACUUAGUUAAGUGUAAGUCCUUCCUUUAUGCAUUAGAUUUAUGCUUUAAGUCCUUUCAAAUACUUUCGUUUGAAUAUCCCAAAGCCUCUUAUGAUCCAUGGCUAUUCAUACAAAAGUAUUUUUUUGAAAUUGAUACUAAUUUUGAUAAAAAGUCUGCAAAUAUUACGGCUUUAAUGGACUAUUUUAAUAAAUAAUUUUAAGUCACAUUUUACAAUUCUUAUAAGCAAGUCAAGAUGAAGUUUCAAUGUUUCCGAUGCCACAAACGCUUUGCUAAUGAGGAUGUUCUUAUAUCUCAUUUUAAAAUUGAUCAUUUUCUAAAAUCCAAGAAUCCUAAAAUAGAAUGUAUGCAAAAUACUUGUUCUAUGAGCUUUAAUAAUUUUAACUCUUUCAAAAGACACUUACAAUGGACACUUACAACUUUGGAGGAGUCACAAGUUAACCUUUUUUUCUGUUUUGCCCUUUUUUGAGAAUGGUCUUGAGCCUAGUUUAGAAGAGUCACGAGUUGAAAUAUUUUCCGUUUUGCCUUUUUUUGAGAAUUGUCU